AGUCCACUGUCUCUGCGAGCGUUUCCUGUUUGAUGCUUUUCAUUGCCGAACAUGGCACAAGUGAAAGAGCUGAAAACUCUUUCGUGUGGAGUUAUCACCACGGUCCUUCUAAGUUCAGCGGUUUUUGCAUUUGUGGAGGACCUCGAUGGCACAUUCAGAGACAACAGAAUGGAUGAUAUCUGGCUCGUGGAUUUUUAUGCUCCCUGGUGUGGAUACUGUAAGAAGCUGGAACCCAUAUGGUAUGAGGUAGGAGCUGAGCUAAAGAACUCUGGAUCACCAGUUCGAGUGGGAAAGAUGGAUGCCACUGCAUACUCUGGCAUAGCUUCUGAGUAUGGAGUACGAGGAUAUCCCACAAUAAAACUACUGAAGGGGGAGCUUGCUUAUAAUUAUAAAGGACCCAGGACCAAAGAUGACAUCAUUGAGUUUGCUAGCAGAGUAGCUGGGCCCUCUGUGCGGUCGCUCCCAAGCAGACAGAUGUUUGAGCACAUCUUGAAGAGGCAUAAUGUACUGUUCGUGUACAUAGGGGGAGAGUCGCCACUCAAGGAGAAGUAUAUAGACAUGGCGUCUGAACUGAUUGUUUACACCUACUUUUUCUCGGCUUCUGAGGACAUCGUACCAGAGUAUAUGACACUGUCUGAACUGCCCUCCGUAGUUGUGUUCAAGGAUGGGACCUACUUCACUUAUGACGAGUAUGAAGAUGGCAGCUUGGCAUCCUGGGUGAACAGGGAACGUUUCCAAAGUUACAUGCAGAUUGAUGGCUUCAUACUCUAUGAGCUGGGGGAGACUGGUAAAUUGGUAGCAAUCGCUGUCGUUGAUGAAAAAGUUUCACCAGAGGAAAGCUUGAGGUUAAAGAGUCUUAUACAGAGAGUUUCAACUGAGUACAGGGAUAACUUCUCCAGAAAUUUCCAGUUUGGCCAUAUGGAUGGGAAUGACUACAUCAACAGCCUCAUCAUGGGUGAGGUUGCUGUGCCGUCAGUCAUUGUCCUCAACACUUCUAACGAGGAGUACUUCCUGCCCAGUGAGCCCGUGGAGAGUCUGGAGCAACUGAUUACCUUCAUCACGAGUGUCCUGGAUGGCACAGCUCAGGCUUAUGGAGGGGAUGGACUUUUCCAGAGACUCAAGCGCGUGGCCUAUGAUGCCAGAUCCACCAUCAUGUCUGUGUUCCGUAGUUCUCCGUUGCUGGCCUGUUUCCUCUUCGGCCUGCCAUUAGGAGUCAUUAGCCUCAUGUGCUAUGGCAUCUGCACAGCUGAAUCAGAUGACGACUCAGAGCUGAUGAAGCAAGAGGGACAGACAGAUGAGGAGGAGGAGGAAGAGGAGGACGAAGACGCGAGACAGCGUCUGGCUGCACAGCUCAAGGGCCCAGGAGAGGAUGAGGAGAUAGAAAAAAGUGCAGCAGAGAAAAAGCUUGAUUAACACUGGGGAAGUGUGUGGAUGAAAGGCAGGAUGAUGACAGUAAUACAGACCUUAAACAUUUAUCCGGUUUCAGAUGUUUUGAGUCACUCCUGCACUCUGACUUACUGCUGUAGGGUUUAAAAGGUGAGUUUGAAAAGUGUGUUUUUUUUUUUUUAAGCGAUUUCCAUUUUUUUAAAUUUAUAUCUAAGAGUUAUGGAAUUCUGAGGUCAAAAUAUGUAAUGCGUAUCAGAGUUGCUCUGAGGGUCAUCUGAAAGGCAAAUGGAUCGUCUUUUUUUUUUCUGCUGUGUGUGAAGAGUUUAAAAAAAAAAAUCCUCAUAUUUGGGCUAAGUGACUUAAAAUCAGAAGUCACCUUUCAUCAGUCAUGCUGUUUUAUAUGCUCUAGGCCAUCCUGUUUCACAUUUUUCUCCAGUGCUUGUUUAUCCAUCUAUCCACUGUGCAAAUUGCUCUUUCUUUGGUGCACUGCUUUGGUGUUGAUAUCUGUUGGAUGUACAUAUUAGCUAUGAUUUGCCCAUACCCUAGCGAUAUAUUGAGUUCCAUGCUCUAGGUCAGUAUCAUGAGCUUUGAGCACAAAAAGACUCAUGAAAGGUUCAUGAUUGAGGUUUCAGUUACAGCAUAAUUUCCCUGCUAAAAACAGAACACCCAAAGUAAUAAUCUUCGAGUUAUAAAGGCAAAAGACAUCUGAAAGAUUUGGUAAGCAUGUAAUUAGUGUGCAGAACAAACAAUAAAGCAAGAGUCUGUUCAAGAUA